AUGAGAACUGCAUAUGGUGUACGAUUAGAGAAUGAAUCCGUCGUUACCCUGAAACCCCAUUGCACGUUGCUUCCAUGCUUGGACAUCCCAUUGCACGUUGCUUCCAUGCUUGGACAUCUCGAAUUCGUUGAUGAUGUUCUUACUCGUAAGCUUGAGCUAGCCAAAGAAGUUGAUCCUGAUAUUUGUCUUGUUAGUGACAUUGAUGGCAGGAACCCUCCUCAUAUUGCAGCCAUGAUAUGUCACCUUAAUUUGUUGAAAGAGUUGGUCCAAGCCACACCCUGGGCAGCUCGUGUGCUGAUUGACCAAGGUGAGACCAUUUUACAUGCGUGCGUGAGGUGCAACCUGUUUGAGGCGUUGAAGUUGCUGGUGGAAAGAGUUUCGGAUCAUGAGUUAUUGAGUUGUAAGAAUGACGAUAGUAAAACUAUCUUGCAACUAGCAAUAGUAGCUAAGCAAACUGAGUUAGUACUCAUUGCCGAUCACAAUGCCCUGUUAAUUCCACUUCAACCAAAGCAACCAGGUUAA